AGGGCUACCACCACUCUUUUGGCUCUUGGCUCGACAGCCUAUGCUUAUACUUCUUCUUCUGCUGGAACGAAGAGUGGUUGUUACUGGAACACCGAAGCUGGCUCGUUCAACACUCGCUUUGGCCAUGACUUUGCUGCCGAUCUCUUGGGGACGGUCCAGGACAUGAUCCCUGAUAAAUAUACUGUCAACGCUGGCUUGAAUCCUCUUGCUCGUCGUUUUGACCUUGUCAACAUUGGCCUCGAUCCAACUGAUCUGUCCUUGACGCUCACUGUCCCUGGUGGACAAACCACUGGUAAUUCGACCUCUCCUGUCAUCCGCACCAUCNGUCCCAUCUCGGUUGCACAGAUGAAAACGAAUUACGAUGAUAUUCUCUAUGCAUCUGUCCGCACUGUAGCAAAGAUCUCCAACGUGCCGGGCACCACUAAUGCUUUCAUUUUCUACGCCAACGACACUCAAGAAGUCGAUUUUGCAUUCUUGACGUCGGACAUCUCCAGGGCUUGGCUGACCAACGAGCAAACCUCAUACGCCUCUCCUUACUCGACCUACAGUGUCGCUGCACCUGCUGAUGCCAGUACUGCUUGGCAUGAGUAUAGGUUGGAUUGGUUGCCUGGAGUCAGCAAGUUCUAUAUCGAUAAUGUCUUGACAAUGUGCCGACCACACCUGGAUCUUGGAUUUGGAACAACUGGUNCCAAUGGAAAUGCUUGGACUCAAGGACCGCCCGCAGCUGAUAGUGUGCUGAAGAUCCGCAGCAUUGAUGCAUACUUCAACCGCACUUCUGUCGCGGAUAACAUCAAUGCAAACCCCAACAGCUGCCCUGUUGUUGCUGCUUCGUCAUCAUCCUCCAGCGUUGCUUCUUCCUCAACAUCUGUUUCGUCGAGCUCCUCUAGCGUGGCUUCCUCAUCAUCUGCCAAGACGUCGUCUCCAUCGACCAUAUUAACUACUUCAUCCUCAUCGCCCUCUUCUGUCGUCGCUUCUAUCGUCGCCACCAGCGCUGCUCCUGCAACUGUAUCUUUCACUACCAUCACCACUGCCUGGACUGGUACAUACACUGCGACAUCGACUGCAAUUUCUGGUCUGGCCGCUACUGUAUACGUCCAAACACCAGCCAAGAAAGGACAAGUCAUCAGCACAUCGUCCACAGCUAAGGGAUCCUACACCACUGUAACAACACACUCGGGCACUGCCACGACCAUUGCCACUAUCACCGGCACUCCCAGAUUCCAAUUCUUCGGCGCAACAACAACGACAGUAACAAUUGUGUAUCCCACUCCUGUUACUAGCUGCGGCAACCAGGGCAUCAACUUUGCAGCUUAUACCAACAAGUAUGCUGGCGGCCAAUCAACAAAUGGCUACCCCUCUUUCAUCCCUGAGACUUACAAGAAGGUUAACCCUUACAUCGCUGAUGAUACGUCAUAUAUUGCUGAAUCCAAUGAUGCUUGGGGCGAUUGGAUUAACUUGUAUGGAUACUACCCUGUGGAUCCCACCAACCUUGUCCUUGACCACACAUUCUACUUGUUUGCUUCGCAGACAGGUUAUUACUCCUUGAACAUCCCUUACACUGAUGACAUCCAAUUUGUCUGGGUUGGCGAUAAGGCUGUCAGUGGAUGGACACGCGCUAAUGCUGAUAUCACUCAGUUCUGGAGUCAGCAGAUUGCUACACAGACGCCUCAGACAAUGGCCUACUACCUCACUAUCGGGUCAUAUCUUCCGAUUCGCGUUCUAUAUGGUAAUGGUGGAGGCCAGGGAGACCUGCGCUUCAAUCUCUAUGCUCCCGACGGUAGUAUUGUGCUUUCGAGUAAUGCUGGACAGAACUCUGGAGUCGGCAGUGUGGAUGUUGUUCAGUACCCCUGCAACAGUGCUCUUGGAGCCAAGUUCCCUGCUUGGGGCAAGGAGACUUAA